AUCAAGAAAAUGUUUUCAAGAUUGAGAAACGAAAGUAGGCUGAAUAGUGAGCAUACAUAUUUUAUAAAGUCAGUCAUUUUACCUAAAAAUGGAGAUGUCAGCAUAAGAAGGGCUAUGCAGUAGACAUAUGACCCACAUUGUCGACUUUUAAGACUCAGAACUGAAAAACCAUUGGUGACAAACCAGAUGAUGAGCUUUAGCUGACAAUGGCUUUAGUCAAGUGGAAAUUACACAAGUUUCCAUGGCGCUUGAAAAGAAGAUGGGGCAAUAUUUUGAAGUUUUUCCAGCUGCUCAGAUUGACACUCUGUUACAAUCAUGUUACCUCAUCUCUCUCCCUCAUGGAGAUCAUCACAAAACCUUUAAAUGGUAUUAAUGAUUUUAUCAAUCAACAAUUUGGAAGAGCAUGCAUGGUAUUAGUGGUGGGCUUGAUGGCCGUUGUGAACCUGAUAUACGUUGUGUACGUACUUCCUCAUCUGUACAACUCCAGUCUUUCAUCUGCUGUAAUAAUUUUCUUGUUGGGAUCAUGGCUGCUGGCUAACACUACUUACAACUACAUCAUGGCUGUGGUCACUGGACCAGGAUAUCCUCCACAGGAUGUUGUGAACCCAGUAUCCCUAUGUCGUAAAUGUUUCUCUAAGAAACCAGCUCGAACACAUCACUGCAAGACAUGUGGAAAGUGUGUUCUGAAAAUGGACCAUCAUUGUCCAUGGUUAAAUACUUGUGUAGGGUUUUACAAUCAGCGAUAUUUCUUUCUGUUUUGCUGUUUCACAUACGGUGGUGCUUUGCUGGUGACCAUCUCAACCAAUGAUCUGUUUGUGGAUUACUUUUAUGGAGAAUCCUUAAAGGGGUAUCCUUUCCCUGGGGCCAUGUUUCCUCUCAAUCUUCUGUACGCCUCUUUCCAAGGACCCUCAGGCAAGACAGCAUUGUUACAACAGUCCAGUAAUUAUGACCGCCUUGGGAUAUCAGAGACGAUGGAACAGAAGCUAGUCAUCUUCCUCUAUAUCCUAAGCUCUGGAUUGGCAAUAGCUCUUACUUUCCUCAUAGUGGCCACUGCCAAACUCAUCAGCUAUGGGGAGACAACUAUAGAAUACCAAAUCAAUCUAACUCAGAAGAAGAAGUUAAGAGAGAAAAAAAUGGAAUUCAAGAAUCAGUAUGAUCUAGGGUUUAUAACCAACUGGAAGUUGUAUCUGGGAUUACAUGAUAUAACUGUAUGGAGAAUUGUAAGAGAGAUUCUGCUCCCAUCCAUCUAUCAACCAGAGGGUGAUGGCAUGUACUGGAGAACCAAGACUUUCCAAUACCGUUUUGAUCCAGAAAAAGGCCUUCAAGUUUUAUAAAACUUUGUUUCUCAGUUUCAUUGAUUAGCUAUUAUUUUGUACUAGGAGUUUUCUAAAUCAUCAAAGACUAGGAUGUACCUAGUGACAGAAGGACAGUGUUUCUUUACUCUGUCAAUCAAUAAUUGAACUUUAGUAAUUAAUGUUUAUUGCUGUUGUAACCACUUGUUAAAAACAUGACAGUGUAUGAAGUUUAGAAUUGUGCUUCAUGCCAAGUUUUGUCGACAUGUAAGAUGUUUUAGAGGAUAAGUAUCCAGGGAUAAUGGCCAACUUUUGGCAUACUAUUUUUUAAAUUGUCUGGUGAUACAAGUUAAAACAAUUAUUUGUUUAAAAUAAUUAAAACUAAAACAUCAAGGAAAAACAUGACAUGAGACUUGAGCUAAAGAACACGUAUUGAAAGAGAGAAAAAAAGAUCUGCAUAGAUUUUACAAAUAUGUUUGCUUGUCAUUCAGACUGCGUGCAGUCUUUGUGUUACCUUGAUCAGCUCUUUGGUCAGAAAUUUGUAUAUUUAUUUAUAGGAUUAUUUAAAAAAAAAAAACUGUUAAGAAAUAAGUGUUUUUGUAGAAUAGUCUAUCUUAC